AUGGAGAAACUCUUUUCUUCCUCAUUGUCCGUCACUGCCGUCAUCAUCCUCCUCGUCUUUCUUGCCUUCGUGGAAGAGUCCUCUGCCCUUCCAAAUGCGUGGGGGCAUGGAUUGUUGAUAAAUCGCCGUCCGGAGGUGUACUAUGAUUCUGAAGUAGUGGACAGGGCCUACAUCCUCUGUUGGAUGGAAAUCCAAAAGGACAUUUUGAAGGGUCGAACUAAGCGGUUUGAUCCAACUCGGCUCCACCAUCCCAAAUGGAUUCCUAUAGCUGACGGUCGUGCCUACUACCUUCCCUACUCAGAGAGACAGAAACUGUCGUUGGGAGACAGUUGUCUUCUAGAGAAGGGCAUCCAGAUUGCUCGACUACUCAACUGA